AUGGCCGUCUUUAACAGCAUUUUUUCUGUUGUGGCUAUUGCUUUAGAUCGUCAUAACGCUAUCGUUCGACCAUUAAAAGGUACUUUCACGAACCAACGUGCCCUUCGUUAUGUUGCAUUGAUCUGGAUCAUGGGCUUUGUGUACAGUUUUCCCAAGUACGUAGUUGCUACUGUACGUCAUUAUCAAACUAAAGCUAUGAUGAAUAUAAGUGACCAGGAAGUUUUAGAUCACUGUAUGUUUGGUCAAGAAGUUGCAUUAGGUUUAAACUUUUUAGAUGUGGUGGUGGUCUAUCUGCUGCCUUUGGGAACUGUGACCCUACUAUAUUCUCGUGCAGUACGAGUCCUGCGCCAGUGUGACCAUAACAACACACCGCAUCUUCAAGUGCUCAAUGGAAGACGCCGGAGGGCAAUCAAGAUGAUUAUUAUAAUCACAAUUAUGUUCGGUAUUUCCUGGCUUCCUUACCACGUGCUUAGUAUCGUUAGUCAUGAUCCAUUUCGUGGAAUGUCGUCUGUUAUGACAGAGAAUUUAUCUAAGGAUUUUGAUGAAAGGCAAACAGUAAGAAAUGAAACUACUGUUUUGAUGAAUAAAAUGAUAACGUUAGAUAUUGCUUUUAUGACAGUGUUUUGGUAUUACAUUAUUCGAAGAUUUGAUGCUAUAGGUGCUAAGCUUCAAGAAAAGAGCUUUGAUUUGUCAACUGCUAUAAGGCUUAUCAGUUCGCUGAAGGAAUAUGUAAAUUUACUAUGUGAAGAAUUCAAUAGAAUCGAAAUUAAAACUCAUCAGCUUUCAAAUAUAGUAGAAGAACAGCUUAGGAAUGAGAUUUCUAGAAAGAGAAAAAUAAAGCUGGAAAAUCAUGAGACUUCUGAAGGUGAAAUUAGUUUAUCUGGAAUUCAGAAGUUUCACGGAGAAAAUAUUUAUAUCGAUAGUUGA